AUGAAGAAAUGGGCUAGUAUGGACUCAAGGGAAUCUGAGGACUCACCCCAAGAGGACUACAGCUUGGAUCCCUCAGAAAUGGAUGCUAACUCUAAGACACCUCCAGCCAAGCCCCACGUUUUCUCUGUGAGCAAGAGCCGUACUCGGCUCUUUGGGAAGAGUGACUUGGAGGAGUCAUCACCUAUGGAUUGCUCUUACGAGGAAGGCAAGCCAGCUCCCUGCCCGACCAUCACAGUCAGCUCUGUGGUCAGUGGUCCAAGGCCUGGGGACGGUCCCACCUGCACCAGGCAGCUGUCCCAGGACUCCAUCCCCUCCAGUGCUGAGAAGCCGCCCAGGCUCUACGAUCGGAGGAGCAUCUUCGAUGCUGUCGCUCAGAACAACUGCCAGGAGCUGGACAGCCUGCUGCCUUUCCUGCAGAAGAGCAAGAAAUGCCUCACUGACACUGAGUUCAAAGACCCCGAAACAGGGAAGACCUGCCUGCUGAAAGCCAUGCUCAACCUGCACAACGGGCAGAACGACACCAUCUCUCUGCUCCUGGACAUUGCCCGGCAGACUGACAGCUUGAAGGAGUUUGUCAACGCCAGCUACACGGACAGCUACUACAGGGGCCAGACUGCGCUGCACAUUGCCAUUGAGAGGCGGAAUAUGGCAUUGGUGACCCUCCUGGUAGAGAACGGAGCUGAUGUCCAGGCUGCAGCCAAUGGGGACUUCUUUAAGAAAACCAAAGGGCGGCCUGGCUUCUACUUUGGCGAGCUGCCCCUCUCCCUGGCUGCAUGUACCAACCAGCUGGCCAUCGUGAAGUUCUUGCUGCAGAACUCCUGGCAACCAGCAGACAUCAGUGCCAGGGACUCCGUGGGCAACACGGUACUGCACGCGCUGGUGGAGGUGGCUGACAACACGGCCGACAACACCAAGUUUGUGACAAGCAUGUACAACGAGAUUCUGAUCCUGGGAGCCAAACUCUACCCUACACUGAAGCUGGAGGAACUCACCAACAAGAAGGGGUUCACGCCCCUGGCUCUGGCUGCCAGCACUGGGAAGAUUGGGGUCUUGGCCUAUAUCCUGCAGAGGGAGAUCCCAGAACCUGAGUGCAGACACCUGUCCAGGAAGUUCACGGAGUGGGCCUAUGGACCUGUGCACUCCUCGUUGUAUGACCUGUCCUGCAUUGAUACCUGCGAGAAGAACUCAGUGCUGGAGGUGAUCGCCUACAGCAGCAGCGAGACCCCUAAUCGCCAUGACAUGCUCCUGGUGGAGCCUUUGAACCGACUUCUACAGGACAAGUGGGACAGAUUCGUCAAGCGCAUCUUCUACUUCAACUUCUUCAUCUACUGUUUGUAUAUGAUCAUCUUCACCAUGGCCGCCUACUAUAGGCCGGUGGAUGGCUUGCCUCCCUAUAAGAUGAAAAACACGGUUGGAGACUAUUUCCGAGUCACUGGAGAGAUUUUGUCUGUGAUAGGAGGAUUCCACUUUUUUUUCCGAGGGAUUCAAUAUUUCCUCCAGAGGAGGCCAUCCAUGAAGACCUUGUUUGUGGACAGCUACAGCGAGAUACUUUUCUUUGUGCAGUCCCUGUUCAUACUGGCAUCCGUGGUGCUGUACUUCAGCCACCGCAAGGAGUAUGUGGCUUGCAUGGUGUUCUCUCUGGCCAUGGGCUGGACCAACAUGCUCUACUACACCCGCGGCUUCCAGCAGAUGGGCAUCUAUGCCGUCAUGAUUGAAAAGAUGAUCCUGAGAGACCUGUGCCGAUUCAUGUUUGUCUACCUAGUUUUCCUGUUUGGGUUUUCCACAGCGGUGGUGACACUGAUUGAGGAUGGGAAGAAUGACUCCUUGGUGAGUGAGGCACACCGCUGGCGGGGACCUGGCUGCAAGCCGAUGAGCAACUCCUACAACAGCCUGUACUCCACGUGCCUGGAGCUGUUCAAGUUCACCAUUGGUAUGGGAGACCUGGAGUUUACUCAGAACUACGACUUCAAGGCCGUCUUCAUCAUCCUGUUACUGGCCUACGUGAUUCUUACUUACAUUCUCCUGCUCAACAUGCUCAUCGCUCUCAUGGGUGAGACCGUCAAUAAGAUUGCACAGGAGAGCAAGAACAUCUGGAAACUGCAGAGAGCCAUCACCAUCCUGGAUACGGAGAAGAGCUUCCUGAAGUGCAUGAGAAAGGCCUUCCGGUCAGGCAAGCUGCUGCAGGUGGGGUACACCCCUGAUGGCAAGGAUGACUACCGCUGGUGCUUCAGGGUGGAUGAGGUGAACUGGACUACUUGGAACACCAAUGUGGGCAUCAUCAAUGAGGACCCAGGCAACUGUGAGGGUGUCAAGCGCACCCUGAGCUUCUCCCUGAGGUCAGGCCGAGUUUCAGGGAGAAACUGGAAGAACUUUGCCCUGGUUCCCCUUUUAAGGGAUGCAAGUACUCGAGACAGGCACGCUACCCAGCCUGAAGAAGUUCAUCUGAAGCACUUCUCAGGGUCCCUUAAGCCAGAGGAUGCCGAGGUCUUUAAGGAUUCCAUGGCUCCAGGGGAGAAGUGAGGGGCCCCAUGUGGGUGCUCUCCAUGCUGGACCUUUGGAUGCCUGACUGCCAUUGGGAAGCUGUUCAGGAAACACCAGUGCCCUGUCUGCAGCCUGG